UGUCAACAUUUUAUUGUUUCGCCGACGAAGCACCCUCUUUCCAAUAAUCACUGUCACACUUGACAACGUACUAGUGAUAGCAGAUCCGUUGGACACUAAUGUCGUUCAGCGUCGGCAAAUUCCUUACCGGCGGCAAAUAUACCUACAAACUCGUGGAACGGCUUCAGCUAAACCAGACUGUUCUCUCUACAGUCUGGAAAGCCGAAAUCCUUAACAACUCCAGAUACCAAAGGCCGGCGAAGUGGGCCAUUAUUAAAACCGCCACGGCCAAAAGGCAAAGAUGGCUUAGAAGAGAGCGCGAGGCAUUCGAUAAGCGACCAAUCUAUCAGAGCCGCCACAUCCGGUCUCUGUACGACGAGAUCAAUCGGGACGAGAUCAAUCGGGACAUAAGCGAAAAUGGCUUCCCUGACGACACCGCUGCCUUUGAAGAAGCAGUGCAGUCCAAUCCCUACUGUCUCGUACUGGAAUAUCUCGACGUGCCGCUAAGCGCACUUAAUCCGGCUAAGUACAAGAAUAAUCCUGUCUUCAUGGCCGCGCUCUUCGAAGGCAUGUUAGGAGGCGUAAAAGACAUUGGUCUCACAAAAAAUGUCUGGACGGAUUGUAAGCCCGAUAAUGUACUCUGCUCUAACGUCGACGGACAAAAGCCAAUAGUUAAGAUCUCAGACAUGGGCCUCUGUCAACCAGAUGGCUUUAAUCAGGUGCAAAUGCAGCCGCUGGCCAUGCGCGCUCCCGAGGUCUGGGCUGGAUAUGGCUGUCGCCACGUGUCGGACGUGUAUUCUGUGGGAUCCACAAUCAUCUCGUGGCUUCAACCAGGAGUCCUUGGCCCACAUGACGUCAAACCGCCCAUCUUUGCGGACGCAUGGUGCAUUGCCAAGAUGAUCAAGCUGGUGGAGACGGAGAAUGAACAGACGGUCGAUCCGCCGGCUGGUAGUGAUAUAAAGUCGAUGUACGAGCUGGGUCGAGCACUUCUCACGCAGCCUGAAGAUGACGAUGACGGGAGCAUGCAUGUCCCAGCACGGCCUCUUAGGGAGGUCUUGUGGAGACUGGGCACCAUGCCUGAGGUCAAUGCUCUCCUCCAGAUUUUACUUGCACCAAACUUCCAGACCCGCUUGUCAGCGGAGCAGGUGCUCACGUCGAAGGAGUUCAAGGCACUUCAGCACGUUGCACUGAGCAAAUAAACGUCCGGCGAGAUGCAGAUUGCUUAAGGAAAUCCCCACACAUGCUAGCAGGGGCAGCUCUCCUCUUCGUCCUGAUCAUAGGUAGACAAUAUCGCAAUCUUUGGUAGUCACGUUGCUACAAUUGGAUGAGGCUUUCUUUUAGGAAACGGCCGAUGGUUGGGUAGAACAUGGG